UUUGUAGAAUGCAGUAGAAGAAUGGAAUCGAAUAGAAGAUAAUGCGAAGACAGGUGUGCCUACCUGGAAGUAUACAGAGUCAGAUCCUCUCGGACUGCGUUGUUCCAGCAGCAAAGCGAACACUGCCGGCAGCCUUGUGGUCUGGACAGUCUGAUUCCCAUCACGAAGCCUAGAGCACUCCCCCAGGUCGCUGCCAUGUCCGUCUCUAGUCUGCCUUGAUACUGGCCAAAAGAAGAACCUAGACAGGAAAGAUGGGAGACGAAUGUCUUUUCAGAAACCUAAAGGCACUGUUGAAUACACUGUUGAAUCAAGAGAUUCCUUGAAUAGCAUAGCCCUGAAAUUUGAUACAACACCCAAUGAACUUGUUCAGUUAAAUAAGUUAUUCUCCCGAUCAGUCGUGACUGGACAGGUUUUGUAUGUUCCUGAUCCAGAAUAUGUCUCCAGUGCUGAGAGUUCUCCAUCUCUGAGUCCCAUAAGUCCUCUGUCACCAACAUCAUCUGAAGCUGAAUUUGAUAAGACCACUACUCUUGAUGCAGUCCAUCCAAAAGAAGCAACUCCUUCAUCAGUGGUUUCUGGUAUUCAAUCAACACGAGUUGUGUCUUCAACAUCUGAGGAAGAGGAAGCAUUUACUGAGAAAUUUCUUAAAAUUAAUUGCAAAUACAUUACCAGUGGCAAGGGCACAGUCAAUGGUGUGCUGCUGGUCACACCAAACAACAUCAUGUUCGAUCCACAUAAGACUGACCCUUUGGUCCAAGAGAACGGCUGUGAGGAAUAUGGCAUCAUGUGUCCCAUGGAGGAGGUGAUGUCAGCUGCGAUGUACCGAGACGUUCUGGACAGCAAAAUAAAGGCAUCUUUACCCGUAGAAAUAGAUCUGUUAUCAGGAAGGGACUUCUGCCAUUCACAGAAAAUAAACGAAAUGAAUUCCAAGGAAACAGACUCCGGAACUCAUGAUGCAGGAAAUGACAGUGGCAGCACUGCUCCCAGAAGCAUCGAGGAGUCUCUCUCUGAGGAUGUGUUCACAGAGUCGGAGCUCUCUCCCAUCCGAGAGGAGCAUGUCUCUUCAGAUAAAUCAUCUGGGACGUCCUCAGAAUCUGUACAGACUGCCCGUCAGACCGAGGUAGGAAGAUUGACAGUCCAGUCAGAGUCUAGUAGUCCUCCUGCUCACUCAAAAGCUAACAGUGGACGGUCUGCCAAGGGCGUUGUGGCUGUGUCUAAUGAAGGAGAUGUGAGUCAUCUUGAAAUGGCCUCUCAGGACAGAGAUCAGGAAGCAUCAGGCUCUACGCAAGCAAGCCCAGGUGUAAAAAGUCGUACAGACCGGGAUCCUUUUCCUCAGGAGAGUUCCCUACAGCAAGACAGAGGUGAAAGCGAAAACAUGUCUUGUAGAGAAACAACAGAAGUUAAACAAAAGCAAACUGUCGACAAAGGCCAGGAAGGAAAGGAACAAAGUUGGAGCUCAGAGACAGAGGUUGAAGAGCUGCGCAAACUCUGGAAAACUCACACUAUGCAGCAGACUAAACAGCACAGGGAAAAUAUUCAGCAGGUAUCACUAAAGGAAAUGAAGCAUAAAGUUGCCUCUGCUGAUGGACACGUGGAAGGUUCUGCACCUCUGAAGGAAAAGAGGAGGCAUCGAUUGCAUAAGUUCUUAUGUCUCAGAGUUGGAAAACCAAUGAGGAAGACAUUUGUGUCUCAAGCAAGUGCUACCAUGCAGCAGUACGCGCAGAGAGACAAGAAGCAUGAGUACUGGUUCGCCGUGCCUCAGGAAAGGACAGACCACUUGUAUGCCUUCUUCAUUCAGUGGAGCCCAGAAAUCUAUGCAGAAGACAUUGGCGAAUAUACCAGAGAACCUGGGUUCAUAGUAGUAAAAAAGAUUGAGGAAUCUGAAACAAGUGAGGAUCCUACUAGUCAAGCAGCAGCCAGAGAAUGGGAGGUAGUGUCAGUGGCUGAGUAUCACCGCAGGAUCGAUGCUCUAAAUACUGAAGAACUGCGCACUCUCUGCAGACGUCUCCAGAUCACCACCAGGGAAGACAUCAGUUCAAAGCAGGCUGCUCCCACGAGAGCAGAGCUAGAGUCUGAAUCUUUCCGACCUAACCUCAGUGACCCCAGUGAGCUCCUGCUGCCAGACCAGAUUGAGAAGCUCACCAAGCAUCUUCCACCAAGAACCAUUGGCUACCCGUGGACUCUGGUGUAUGGGACAGGCAAACAUGGCACCAGCCUGAAGACCCUUUACCGGACAAUGACUGGUCUGGACACCCCAGUGCUUCUUGUGAUCAAAGACAGUGACGGCCAGGUCUUUGGCGCAUUAGCAUCAGAGCCAUUCAAAGUGAGUGAUGGUUUUUAUGGGACAGGAGAGACCUUUGUAUUCACGUUCUGUCCGGAGUUUGAGGUCUUUAAGUGGACGGGAGAUAAUAUGUUUUUUAUCAAAGGGGACAUGGAUUCAUUAGCUUUUGGUGGUGGAGGAGGGGAAUUUGCCCUUUGGCUUGAUGGAGAUCUCUACCAUGGAAGAAGCCAUUCUUGUAAAACAUUUGGGAAUCAUACACUUUCUAAAAAGGAAGACUUCUUUAUCCAAGACAUUGAAAUCUGGGCUUUUGAAUAAAUACAGUGCUUCUGUCUCAGCAGGAUAAUGGCCCAAACCUGACAUGGACAGGCACUGUUUGGAAUGUUCAAGAAGCAAUACAACAUAACAUAUCACUCGUGCUUUAAAAUUAGUCUGUCACCAUUUCCUACAGCUAUAAUUUUGUAGUUUAUUUUUCCAAUCAUGUUCCUGUCCCAGAGUUCUUUAGGUUUAGCCUAUGGCUGGGUCCACAUUGUGUGAUAGCUUUUUCAUCUGAAUUUUGACAGCAUUUUGAUCAUAGUGACCACUUUGUUUUCAAUCCAUGUUUUCUCAGUCUUCUAAUAGGAUGGUGCUCUUCUGUUGAUCCCAGUUUUUAAAACUCCAUUGUUUGUUUUACUAGAACAGUGCAAUGCGGGCUCUUCCUCCAAGUGAGGUGGCAUGGGUCACGUGGGGACCCGCGCACCUCUUAUGAAGGAGAAACCACAUGCUGAAGAGCAUGCACUUCAUAGACCACUGGGUUCUAGUUUUGAUCCACACUAUGACAUUCUCUUUAUUAAUUUUGCAAGUCCUCUCAAUUUCAUGUUAAGAAAAUGGAAUUUGAGGAGAACUCUGAUUGUCAAAGAGUACAGCAGUGCACAUGAUUUGCAGGUUUGGGCAUAUGCUUUCAUCACUGGCUUCUCAGAUAAAGAGCUCAAAUUGACAAAGGAGAUUCUAUUGGAUUUAAUAUAUUAAGCAAGAAAUUCUAGUAUUUACAUAUUUAUAGCUUCAUAGGGCAUUAUCAUAAGUACACAGACCACACAAGGAUGCACCCUCUGCGUAUUUCUCAACUUUCUGUGUCAGUAUCCUGUUUCGUAGUUUGUUUUAGCCUUGUUGCACACCAGCCCCUAAAAUAUAGGCUUUUUUCUGUUCAAAAUGACAAAAGUGUUUUUUUUUUUCGUUUUUGUUUUUUAGUGGUACAUGUUACUUUCAUUAGCAUUUGCUCUAAUGAAGGGCAGUGAUUGUAGUAGACAACAUUGUAGCUCAGUAGACAUGGUGAAUAUGCAAACUCACUGUCAAGUGACCUCAAAAAAAUGAAAAGAUAGAAUACACUAGUAGUUCUUACCCUCUUUUGUAGGAAACCAGUAAUAAGCCAUUGUGGCAAUAAUUCGUCAGUUAAAUUUCAGAGCUUCAUGUUAUGCAAAAAAACACAAAAAACCCUGCUGUUAUUCAUGUGACAGUGACUUUGUGCUGAGAUUUCAGCAAUUCCAGAUAAACAUUGUAUAUCUUGUAAAUUAAUGUUCAAAGUAGUUUUGUUCUUACAGAAAGUCUUGAUUGCAGGUUGCUUAUAGCACUUUAUUCUAAAAAUGAAAUUAUAAGCCAAGUGUGUUGGCUUCCGUAGUUCAGUUGAGAAACACUUACUGAUAUUUGGUGAGGUGGUAACAAUCCCCUAAUGAGAAGCAGACCUCUGUCUGCUGUAAGAUGCUAUGGGUGAGUGUGGAUGGAAGCACAGGGCAUCCUUUCCUCAGCUCUCGUUGUGAGUUAACAGCAGUGUAUAGAUUACAUGUCCUCAGCAUAGGGAAUUGUACAUAGACAUAGCAGGUUUUCUCCCUUUGGUCUUCCACAGCAGUAUUAUUGUCUUUGUGGAGUUGACUAAUCAUACAAUAAAAUUUUAAAAAUCCCAUAAUGGAUUUCAAUACAGUAAGGUCAUACUGGUGUAUACCAAAUAAAAUUAAAUACAUAAAUACAGUCUUGAGUUUGGAUUUAUUUAAUAGUCAAGUCCUUUUCAUGUAUUAAACACUGUCGUCUGUUUGAACCAGUGCUUCUAGCCCACAGUGUGUAGGUGAGUGGUCAUAGUGACAAAGGCUGUGCUGAGCUAGAGGACACUGGUUUUCAGAAAUAGGAAGAGGGCCCUUGGCACAUGGCAGAGCACAGCAGUUAAUACCUGAAGUGUGCUUUCCGUGUGGCUGAGUAUAUGACAAGCCCUGUGUAUGCAUUGCCAAGAGAGGUGUUUAUCCCACAGGAACAAGGAAGCCCAUCAGAGUGGAGCAGAGACACGGUGGAGUUUGCACUGAGGGAGCAUCUCUGAAAGAUAGAUUCACAGAAGGCAAGACUGGAGAUAAGCAGGAUAGGAACCUGUCGUAAGGAGAGAAAAGUGUGAGGAAGGACACGUGGGUUUGGAAGAUUUAUGAGCUGGAUGGUGCUCAGGUCAGACAGGGAGCUAAGGACAGCACUUGGGAGUUGGCCCACAAGCUGCAGAUGGCCAGAGAGACUGGCAGGGCAGCGGAAUGACUAGUCAUGGACGCUCCAGUGUGAUUCAAGGUGUUGGAGCACCGAUUCAGUAUCCCACUCUGAAAGAUAGAAUGCUGUAAUAGUUAACUGCGUACAAGUCGACCUGAGGCUGUACCUAGGGAUGAGAUGCCUCACAGAUCACAGUCCAGGUUACAGACAGGGGUCUGAGGUUGAUGUUUAUGGUAUCCUAACGCUAAGGGACAGGCAGAA